AUGACUAAAGCUACUUCACCUCAAGCAAUGGUAUGGAAGAUUGUUAUUCAUGGUGGCAUAGAUGGAUUCUCUAGAAUACCAGUUUACCUUCAUGCUUCCAACAACAACAAAGCUUCUACAGUCUUGGAACUUUUUACUAAAGCUGUUUCAGAGUAUGGAUUACCGUCUCGUGUGAGGUGUGACCUUGGUGGGGAGAAUUACCAAGUUGGGACGUACAUGUUAGAGCAACGUGGUACUGGUCGUGGUAGUAUUAUUGCAGGAAAGAGCACUCACAAUCAAAGAAUAGAGCGCCUCUGGCGUGAUGUAUUUGAGGGAUGUCUGGGAUUGUUCUACCAAAUUUUCAACUAUUUAGAAUCAAAUGGAUUCCUUGAUGUAUUAAAUGAUGUGCAUAUGUGGUGCCUCCAUUAUGUUUACAUGCCUAUUCUAAACAAGCACCUAGAGGCUUGGAAAAAUGCCUGGAUCUAUCAUCCUCUGAGAAGUAAAAAGAACAAAUCCCCCAUUCAAUUAUGGAUUCUUGGUCUUCAUUACACAAUGCAAAUUUCAUCAAGCGAUGAGGGGCAAAUCAAUUACAAUGACUAUGGAAUAGAUUGGGAUGGGCCAGUGGGCAGUGAAGAUAAUGGGCUAGUUGAAGUUCCAGCUACCCCAUCUCCAAUCAGUGAUGAAGACUUACAACAACUCAGUGAGCAAAUCAACCCCUUAGUUGAUGAUGGCAAUUAUGGAAUAAAUACUUUUAUUGACACUCUGCAAGCAGUUGAGAGUAUUCUUCAAAAUGAAGCGGAACAAAUAUUGUAA